AUGUCAGAAAUCAGAUUUAGCAAUCUCAGUUGGGAUCAAGUUAUAACACUGGAUCAAGUGUUAGAUGAAGUAAUUCCAGUUCACGGAAGGGGGAAUUUCCCCACAAUGGAGGUAAAACCAAAAGAUAUCAUUCAAGUUGUGAAAGAUCAAUUGAUAGAGCAAGGAAUUAUUGUUAAAGAUACCCGAUUGAAUGGUUCCACAGCAAGUUAUAUACUUGCAAGCCACAGUGGAAUCAGCUAUAAGGAUCUAGAUGUUAUUUUUGGCAUUGAACUACCAAGUGAUCAGGAAUUUCAGGUUGUUAAGGAUGCAGUUCUUGGUUGUCUACCUGACUUUUUACCAAAAGGUGUAAAAAAGGAAAAGAUCACCCCAAAGACCAUGAAAGAGGCUUAUGUGCAAAAGAUGGUCAAAGUUUGCAAUAAGCACGAUCGUUGGAGUCUCAUUUCUCUUUCAAACAAUACUGGAAAGAAUGUAGAGCUAAAAUUUGUGAAUUCACUCAGACGACAGUUUGAAUUUAGUGUUGAUUCCUUUCAAAUUGUUUUGGAUCCCAUGUUAGAAUUCUACAGUGACAAAAAUGCUAAACUAACUAAAGAAUCCUAUCCUAUUGUGGUAGCUGAAAGCAUGUAUGGAGACUUCCAAGAAGCAAUGACACAUUUGCAAUACAAGCUUAUAUCUACUAGAAAACCUGAAGAGAUUAGAGGUGGUGGCCUUCUGAAGUACAGCAACUUGCUGGUUCGUGACUUUAAGCCAGCUUGUGAAGCAGAAAUCAAGACACUGGAACGUUAUAUGUGUUCUAGAUUCUUCAUUGAUUUUCCUGAUGUAGCAGAACAGCAAAGGAAGAUUGAAUCGUACCUCCAUAACCAUUUCAUAGGUGAAGAAAAGAGCAAAUAUGACUACCUUAUGACCUUGCAUGGAGUUGUGAAUGAAAGCACUGUUUGCCUCAUGGGUCAUGAAAGGAAGCAGACACUCAAUAUGAUCACCCUUAUGGCUUUAAAAGUACUUGGAGAACAGAAUAUACUACCCAAUACAGAUAAUGUAACUUGCUUUUAUCAGCCUGUUCCAUACUUUGCUCCUGAGGGAGGGUACCUUACUUACUAUGUAACAUCUGGACCACCACCUAUUUUCUUUCAGCCAUACCACCCACUGCACUUUCAUGUGCCAAAUGGUAUGGUUUAA